AUGGCUGCCUCAACUUCAUCAGCAUCGUCACCAGCCCUACCCAACCUCAGAGACACCAAGGCAAUCCUAUCCACUGCAGCCUCCAUGGCGGCCACCAUCAUGCUCGCUCGAUCUCUAGCACAGGAUUUCAUUCCCCGGGAACUUCAGGGCGCUCUGGUUUUCAGAAUCCGCAAAUUCCUCAGCCACUUCUCGUCCCAGCUCACCAUGGUGGUGGACGAAUCCGACGGUCUGGUCUCCAACCAAAUCUACGACGCCGCGCAGACUUAUCUGGCCAGCAAGGUCAGCUCAUCGACGCAGAGGCUCAACGUCAGCAAGCCCGACAACGAAACCCAGAUCCAUGUCCGGAUGGAGAGCCGCGAAGAGGUCUGCGAUGAGUUUCGCGGAGUGAAAUUCAAAUGGGUCUUGAUCUCGAGGCGGAUGCAGUCGUCAUUUUCUCAAGGAAAUCGCGGUCCGAUGGGAUCCGCAUUUCCCUCGGAGCUCCGGUCUUUCGGGGUCAGCUUCCACAAGCAGCACAAAGAAAUGGCUCUUCAAUCUUACUUCCCCCACAUCGUGAGCGAGGCGAAAUCGAUCAAGGAAAAGAGCAAGACCCCCAAGCUUUUCACUCUCCAGAAUCUGUACGGCAACAAUUCCGACACCUGGGCCGGCGUGAAUUUGGAUCAUCCCGCGACAUUCGACACGCUGGCUAUGAAUACAGAGCUGAAGAACACGAUCCUCAACGACCUCCAGAGGUUUGCGAGAAGGAAGGACUACUACAGGAGAGUCGGCAAGGCGUGGAAAAGAGGGUACUUAUUGUACGGUCCUCCUGGAACCGGUAAAUCGAGCUUGAUUGCUGCAAUGGCGAGCUACCUGCGAUACGAUGUCUACGACUUGGAAUUGACCGAGCUUAGGGGAAACUCCGAGCUCAGGAGGCUGCUGAUUGCGACCCCAAAUCGGUCCAUACUAGUUGUAGAGGACAUCGAUUGCACAAUUGAUUUCGGGGAACAAUCAGCCGAGCCGGAUUCUGGGUAUUGCCAGCAAGGAGGAGGAAUGCAGAUGACGCUGUCAGGGUUGCUGAAUUUCAUCGAUGGGUUGUGGUCUAGCUGCGGGGACGAGAGGAUUAUAGUGUUCACUACCAAUCAUAAGGAGAAGCUGGAUCCAGCGUUGCUGCGGCCUGGAAGGAUGGAUGUACACAUCAAUCUGUCUUACUGUACUCCUUGUGGGUUUAGGAUUCUGGCUUCCAAUUACCUUGGUCUCGAUGAUCAUAGUCUGUUUCGUGAGAUUGAAGAGCUGAUCUCGACGUCGGAGGUGACUCCAGCUGAAGUGGCGGAGCAGCUGAUGAGGAAUGACGAUGAGGCUGAUUGUGAGGGAGUGCUUGUUGGGUUGAUUGAGUUCUUGAGAUUCAAGAAGGAGAAAGCAGGGGAGGUGGAAGAAAUUGGCGAUCAAAAUGAGGAAGAAUUCGUCGGAACUGUUGCUGGUAAUCGGAGUAAUAAUUUUAGAGGAAGGGGAGGGAGAAGAGGAAGGGGUAUUACCCGGCGGCUCAAUUAA